UGAUAGUACUGCUGAUACUGUUGCGUAAUGGCGUAGCAUUCAGUCGAUCAGCAGUUCCCACUGCAAGAAAGUCAGCUUUCCCGCCACCAUCAGCUUUGCUGUCACCUUCAUCCUCAAUGAGAUUCCAACAAAACCCUAUCGUGCGUCUUCAGCAACAGCAGCAGUCUUCCAUCGAUGGCAGUGAGAACUCCUCCAUUGUCAUUCCUGCCUGGACCUACCGCCUGAAUGCUUCCACCAAGUGGCUCGUAACUCUGGCCGCAGUACUGGGCAUUUGGACCCGCGUUCCUCACUAUCAAGGUCCCUUUAUUGUGGUUGGAUCCAUUGCCUCUGUCUAUUUCACAGUGGUGCUGAAGCAAAUUAUCAAUCAUGAUCGACCUACAGGAUCACUACUGACUGAUCCUGGGAUGCCUUCCUCGCAUUCCUUGGUCACCUUCUUUAUGGCUGCGGCGUGGGUUUCCAAAUCCAUCUUGUCAUUGCAAGGUUCCAUUGCUGUUUUGAUGGGAGCAUCCAUGGUGGCACUCCUGCGAGUCAUUUGUGGCUAUCAUUCCUGGGGUCAAAUUGGUGUCGGUGCUGUCCUGGGGUCAUCCAUGGGAGUGGCAUGGGCCAAACUAGGAGUUGCACUCUACAACUCAUUUCCAGUCAUAACAGUUCGUGCCUCGUGGGCAUUCUACAUCAUGGGGUCGGCGUUUUACAUUGUCAAGGAUAUGCGAGACUGGCUCACAAAGGACAAACAUAUCUAGUAGCUAGCUAGAUGACAUAGCAAGAAUCCAAAACUAGGAUAUGUAGAGAUACCGUAGAGCUGCAAAUAAUGUACUCUUUCUUGGCUCCUGUGGUUACAGAAUGACUCAGUCCAGAGCAAGAUAGAUCUGAAUUUGCAGAUCAGUGGACUGGUCAUUCCUACAAUACCGUACUAUUAUAAACAGGACCAAUAAAUUGAACCCCCAGCACGCGGUGGUCAAUCCUCCAACUCUUGCGUGGAAGUCCUGUUGGAAGCACUGCAGUUGCAGUGUACUACGGGACCCUCGCCUCCUCCUCGGUUUCAUAAAGAAGGCAAUCAUAACUACAACCAGCCGUAGCUGCGCCUUCACCGUCCACGAAUGCGCUUUUUCCGUCGCAAGUUUCGAAUUCUAUCGCACCCUUUGCUUUGGCCUCCCACACCACCGUAACCAGCAGAGGAUGCCACAGAUCCACACUUUGGCUCCAACGGAGCAUCCUUUUGUUGUGGAAGUGCUUGUGCGGGCGACAAUACAGAUGGAGGAAGCGUUGGUUGCGGUGUGGUUGGCAUUAUUAGCUGAGUGGGAGCUGGCGACGGAGAAUCUGUUAUUGCUGUUGGUGUUUUGGUUGUGGGUGCUUCAGCAGUAACAGUGGGUUGCGGGGUUGUCGGAGCCACUGUUGUGGGUGUUGGAGUGGUGGGUGCAAUCGUUGUUGGCGAUGGAGUAGUGGGCAGUCCAGUGGUGGGUGUGGCAGUGGAUGGGGCAUUCGUAGUUGGCGCAUGCGUGGAUGGAACGACUGUCGUUGGCGCCACGGUAGUUGUUGGAGCUGGCGGGGCCAAGAGCAAGUUGCGGUUGACGGAAUACACUAGAUUCUCGCCGGAAUUCAUGGCCAAGACGACGUACACAGCAAUCUCAUGAACCAAGAUGUCAGCCGCCCUUGCAAAGACAUCUAUAAGACCUUCUGAUCCAGGGAGAGGGAUAAUGCGAAACGUCUCUCCAUUACUGUUUCGACAGUAAAUGUAUGAUGGCUGUGCAAUAUUGACUUCCAGGAUAUAGUCUUUGGGCUGUCCCGGUAUGCGAAAUGGAAUGACUUGCCGUGUCUUGGUCAGUCCUGACAGAGCCACAGUUGCGUACUCGUCGCUGGGAGUGGGUAAAAUGUCAUCAAAUUCCAUGGGCUGAAAGGUUGCGGGAGCUCCCGGAACGAGCUGUGUCUCGGCAAGCUCACAGGGGAUUGGUGAAAAUCCAGGCAGAAACUUGUACAUCAAGUUGGGUUGUCCCUGUAUGUUGUUUUGUCCUCCCGCUCCCACCAUCAUUUGUGUAUUGUCGUCCAUGACCGCCACGGAAACGGUUUGACCCAUGGCAGCAAAGGGAUGAAGAAGCGCAUUGUUGCGGUAAUCAUAGAUGAAGCAGGGAGCAUCCAGAUCCUCCCCGGCCAUGCUCCAGGGACUCCGAGCGACUAUAACCAAGAACUUGCCCAGGGAUGGAGCCUCCAGAAUAUCCACACCCACAUAGGUUCUUGACGUAGAUCCAAUAAUGGGGACAUAUCGUGUUGCUGUCCACCCUCCUCCUCCUUCUGCAGUUGAUUGUGCCUGGGAAUAAAUAUCUAUCCCAGCAAAUCCAGCAAUGACAAUGUCCACGGAUCCUUCCACGGACACCAUGGGCCCAUUGGGAGAUUUGGGAUCUUGAGGAAUGGCCCCAAGAUCGACCAAAAGGGCAAAUCGCGCUGGAAGAUUGGGAUUAGCAGACCAUUGCAACACGGCUGGUUGGAGAGUGCCAUCUUGGUUUUCGUCAAACGAGUACAGUUGGGAAGGAAAGACUUGAUUGUCACGCGUGUUGCCACCGGAAAACAAGGCAUAGUGUCUCACAACAGUCGAUGAGGAAACUUGUGUAUACGUACUGACCCACGUAUAGGCGGCGCCACUGGCCCCUGGAUCCAGCAACUUUUCGGUCGCACCUCGAAACGGAGCCAGAGGGUCGUCGUUGGACGCCACUGUCAUGUCGACCGUCACAAAGGAAUUCAAGCCACUUGAUUCAUGGCGUCCAUUCGAAAAGAUAUAGGUUUCCAGUUGAGGCUUGAAGACGUGUUGAAAGCGAGCAACUCCAGUAGACGAGUCGCUAAAGGGCGCCGCAAGGGUGGUUCCUUCAAUGCCGCUGCUCCCUCCAAGGGACGAUUCGUAGACUUCCACAACAGUUGCCAAGCAAUGCUGAUGAUGGAGCAAGAUGAUGGUAACCUGCAAAAUCAGACACAAGCGAAGGAUUGCUGUCAUGCUCCAUCCACACAGCUAAAGAAGAAGCGGGGAUAAGAGAAUAGAAGUGAACAUGAAUUGACAUGCCCAUGAGUUGACAUUGUCAGGAUGGAUCCAUUGAAGGAGCUUCUUCCGUCGCUUCCCGUGGAGAUCUUCGAGCUGGCUGGCAUUUUUGGCGAUCUUUCACAUUUUGUUUUCUUAAAAGUGAAUUCUGGGUCACGCUUUUCUGUUCGUGUGGAAAGGGGACCCAGAGCGCAGGUCGUCGAACAGCUUUGAGCAAUCG